CUGGACGGUACCCUAGUGUAAUAAUCCGCCUGCUCUCUUGAUUAAUCGAUAAACUCACACAGAACUACAGAUCCCAUCAUGCCUCCCGUCCCUCCCCUGCAUCGAGCCCCAGCGCGUCCAAUCACGGGAGCGCUCCUCGGCUCGGAGUGAGCCCGCAGCCAAUGGCAGGCGAGAGAGGGGGCGGGUUUGUUUCGGGUUUCCCUCACAAUGUUUUCCCCUGAAGGAGAGAGAGGAGGCGGCGCGGCUGAAUCAACCAGUGCCUGUUUACCUGGGAAGGAACCAGACUGCCAGAGCCGUGCUGCUGAUCUCCUGCUGACAAUCCCUGAAGAAAACAAAGCUGGUAUCCUUGUGAAAGAGAACAUUCAACGAUGGAGCCUGUCCAUAUUAAACAGGAGAGUCCUGUACCAGAAUCAGUCCAUAUUGAAGAGGAGAGUCCUGUACUGGAAUCAGUCCAUAUUGAAGAGGAGAGACCUGUACUAGAAUCAGUUUAUAUUGAAAGGGUUUUUCUCAAGUCUAAACCCUUAAGCAGCUUGCAGGGCCCUCUCCCCUGUCCUGGAUGUGGGGAGAGUUUUAAUCCUGCAGGAAACCUUGAAGCAUCUCCUGGAAAGACUCUGCAUCGCUGUGCUGGAUGUGUGAAGACUUUCAGGGAGUCGGGAAUCCUGAACGGACAGCAGCAGACAGGCACUGGAAAGACUCCAUAUAACUGUCAUGAAUGCGGGGCGGAUUUCAGACCCCACAGCAGCGUGAAACACCACCUGCCAGUUCUGAAGGUACAGCUGGGUUAUCCUUGUGAAAGGCAGGAUUCAGAGAUGGAGCCUGUCCUCAUUAAACAGGAGAGUCCUGAACUAGACCCUGUCCAUGUUGAAGAGGAGGGGAACCAUUUUAAAACAAGCAGCUUGCAGGGCUCUCUGUCCUGUGCAGAAUGUGGAAAGAGUUUCCGUCAGUUAAAAAGCCUGAAACUUCACCAGCAAAUUCAUACAGGAAAGAUACGAUAUGGCUGUGCUAACUGUGUGAAGAGUUUCAGUAGAUUAGAGCAACUUCAAGAGCACCAGCAAAUCCACAUUGGAGAGGAACCACAUGUCUGUGCCGACUGUGGGAAGAGUUUCAGCGAUCCUUUCAACUUGAGGAGACACCGCGUAAUUCACACUGGAGAGUAUGUCUGUGCUGACUGUGGGCAGAGGUUCAAUCGUGUAGACUAUUUGAAACUUCACCAGAGAAUCCACACUGGAGAGAAACAACAUGUCUGUGCCGACUGUGGGAAGAGUUUCAGUCAGUUACAAACCCUGAAACUUCACCAGAGAAUCCACACUGGAGAGAAACGGCAUGUCUGUGCCGACUGUGGGAAGAGUUUCAGUCAGUCAAGCUGUUUGAAGGUACACCAGCGGAUUCACACUGGAGAGAAACCUGAUCUGUGCAGCGAAUGUGGGAAAUGUUUCCGUCGAUUAGUAAAUCUUAAAACCCACCAGUUCAUUCACGCAGGAGAGAAGCCGCAUCACUGCGCUGACUGUGGGAAGAGUUUCAGUCUGAUAAACCAAUUGAAAAUGCACCAGCGGAUUCACACUGGAGAGAAACCGCAUGUCUGUGCUGACUGUGGGAGGAGUUUCAGUCAGUCUGGCACUUUGAAAAGACACCGGCAAAUUCACACAGGAGAGAAGCCGCAUCACUGUUCCUGCUGUGGGAAGAGUUUCAGUCGGAUAAGCAUCUUGAAACUGCACCAGCAAAUUCACACUGGAGAGAAACAGUAUGUCUGCGCCGACUGUGGGAAGAAUUUCAGACAUUUACAAAACCUGAAACUUCACCAGAGAAUCCACACUGGAGAGAAGCGAGAUGUCUGCACUGACUGUGGGAAGAGCUUCAGAUGUUUACAAAAGCUGAAACUUCACCAGCUAGUUCACACAGGAGAGAAGCCACAUCACUGUAACGACUGUGGGAAGAGUUUCAGUCGGAUAGACAAAUUGAAAAUACACCAGCGGAUUCACACGGGCGAGAAACCGCAUGUCUGUGCCGACUGUGGGAGGAGUUUCAGUCGGACAGACAAAUUGAAAGCACACCAGAGAAUUCACACAGGAGAGAAACUUGCUCACUGCGCACACUGUGGGAAGUCUUUUCCUGCUUCCGGUUCUCUUAAAAGACACAAAUGCAAGUUGUGAAAGUUUGGGCAGAACGUCAAGCCUUGGGAAUUGGCGAGCUGUCGGCCUCACUGGAUGUCCUGUGGUGCUCGCCCUGCCUCUCUGAUCACCUGCACUGUCAGGCGUGGUAAAUCAGAAAGUAUGAUAAAGCCACAUUCUCGACAGGCAAAUAAUACGCAUGAUCACAUUUUGGUGCCGUUUUCAUUGAUAAACAAGCCUAGGCAGUGUUGUAAGGGUUAAUAUAACUAUUUCUGUAGGUUUUUACAGCAUUAAUGUCUCUCUGCUAACUAGCUUUAAAAGAGCAAGUAGCCAAGCUCCGAAAAAUAAAUCUGGGAUUCAGAAUGGAAGUGAUCGUUUAAAAGGUUUUGCGUUAGUGUGAUUUGUGCAUCCCGAGGUAUGUUUAGAGUCACACGGAGUGAGCACGGUGUCUCGCAUUGUCUUUAUUGUGAUAAUAAAACUGAU